UAACAUAAUUAUAUUGUUUGGUUUAAUUAGUCUGGUCCUCUUCCCUAAGUAAAGGAGACGGGAACCAGACAGUGGUGAUUUUUCUGAGUUUGGCAUUUGUUGAUAUUCUUCUAACAAUGGAGUAUACAUUUGAAGGCUGUCCCCACCAUAAUAUAUGUUUAUAUAAUGAAUUAAACAUCCAAAUAGGUUUUGAGGAGUGUAUUGAUAUACGAAGAAAAGUGAAAGCCUUUGAAGCGACCAAUAAGGAUAGAAUUUCUGUUUUCCACCCGUAUCUUGAGACAAUUUGUGCAGGGAGUGUGGCGGAAGGAUUCCGACAUGGACAGACUGAUCGAGACUAUGUGAAAGUCCUCAAAGACAUUACUGUAUUGGAUUGUGACACUGAAGUUGUUUAUUCUCGAGAACCAAACACAAAAAUAACUUUGCGUAUAAGUAAGGACCCCAGCUGUUGGAAAGAAGGCUACGUUAUGUUGAAGUACACUAGUGAUGGCAAGGACACUUUUGAAGACCAUGCGAAAUGUAUUGAUUAUGCUAAUAUUAAUGGCUUUGUGUCUAGUCGCCGAUUCAAAGAAUGGUGGAUCAAGAAGAACAUACAUUUAGAUGCAAAUAUUGAUUUCUUUAUACAUGGCCCGUGUGUUUCUGUUUCCGGCUUGUCGUCUGAUCAAGACAUUGCAUUUUCUUUGGAAUGUCCGUUUUGGCCAACACAAGCAAGAGAGUGGAUAAGCAGACCUCGGCUUUGGCCAUCACAAAAAUUGGUAAAUGAAAUCGUACAAAAUGGAUGCCACAUUGUUCCCCUUGGUCCCUUGAAAGACGUCAAAGAUGAUAUGUUAUGGAGGUUGUCCUUUAAUAAAGCCGAACAGAAGCUGAUUUUUGCAUUCAACCAGACACAGUUUUUAUGUUACGGCCUCUUUAAAAUAGUCCUGAAAGAAUGCAUUGAGAAAAUGGAAAGUUACCCAGAAAACACACUUUGUUCUUAUUUCAUCAAGACACUGAUGUUUUGGAUGAUUCAAGAUACAGAAACUGAUCUGUGGCAACCACACAACAUUGUGAUUUGCUAUGUAAUGUGUUUUGUACGUUUGUUGGUGUGGGUAAAAAAAGAGGAGUGUCCAAACUUUUUCAUUCCAUCCAGAAAUAUGUUUGAAACCAAAGUAAAUAUAAAAACAAAAGAGCUUCUUCUGAAAACAUUAAAAGAAACUCUUAAAAUGGGCAUAUGGAACUGCUUUGCCAAAUGUUCGAAACGUUUUUUCAUUAAUAAUCACCAUGGACAUUCAAAAACGCUAUUUAUGAAACCAUAUUUUGUUGACCAAUCAUUUUUACGAGAAUGUAGAGUGUUAUCGUCUUCAUUUUUAGUAGAGGACUUGUGCCAGUUUGACCAGAUUGACCAACACCCAGCUACAACCUCCUCUGAACUUGAAGCCGAGUUCUUAGUUUGUCAACGUUUAUCAAUGUACCAAAGAAAAGCGCAAAAUACACAGAAGCCAUUGGAAUAGUUGAAGACACAUCACGAAGUUUGAGCAAAUUUACCUUCUAUGCAGGAAUAAAUGGUGCAGAUAUCACGAAGUUAGACGAAACUUUUUUAGAGUAUUUAUGUUCACCUCGGAAUUUGAGAUACUCACUACGAGAAAAA